UUGACGCUCGGCGGCACGCAAGCAGUGUCACUUGGUUGGAGGACGGCCCACAGAAGGGAAGUGGGAAGCUGCAGUUUAGUAUUACAGAGACACACCGGCAGGCGGGUCAGAGGAAGGAGGAUAUCUGUCAGGAGGUGGAACGGUCUCUCGCAGCAUGGGGAAGAGGCGUUGCAUAUCAACCACAGAGAACAAGCCAUCCUCUGGAUGCUGUGGAGUAAAGAAACCUAAACUGUGUCCUCCUUCUGGCGGUAUCCAGUCUUCUGUCACAAAUAACUGCCAGCCUACUGAAGACAAGACAGUGGGGCCUGGUGCUCUCACUCAAUUCUCCCGGCCCAAUGGGACCACAAGUGGCAGGGAACAGUCUGUGGUGACAGCUGAAAUGGGCUGCUACUGCUUUGAUGUCCUCUACUGUCACCUACAUGGCUUCCCACAGCCACGCCUACCACGUUUUACCAAUGACCCUUAUCCUUUGUUUGUUACGUGGAAGGCUGGACGCGACAAACGUCUUAGAGGCUGUAUUGGGACCUUCUCUGCCAUGAAUCUUCACUCAGGACUCAGGGAAUACACCCUAACCAGUGCCCUUAAGGACAGCCGUUUCCCACCACUUACCCGUGAGGAACUGCCUAAACUGUCCUGCUCUGUGUCUCUGCUUAUUAACUUUGAGGAUGUGGGGGACUUUCUGGACUGGGAGGUUGGAGUCCAUGGUAUCCGAAUCGAGUUCAUAAAUGAGAAGGGAAUAAAACGCACAGCCACCUACCUGCCUGAAGUAGCCAAGGAACAAGACUGGGAUCAGAUCCAGACAAUAGACUCUCUACUCAGGAAAGGUGGCUUCAAGGCCCCCAUCACCAAUGAGUUUAGGAAAACCAUCAAACUCACAAGGUAUCGCAGUGAGAAGGUGACAAUCAACUACACAGAAUAUAUGGCCUCCCGCCAGCCAACACAGCAUAAUGGCACUGUGCAUGCACCUCCUCUGUAUACACAUUACUCCUGACACAGCGCUGCCCCCAUCACAAUCCUGCCCCUCGCUCGCCGGCAACGCCUGUGACCUCCUGACAUCUGACUCCUCGUCUGCUCCCUCCUCUUGGUCCAGUUACCUGUACUACUGCACCAUCUUAUGAGCUUCACUGGAGGGCAGGGAGCAGCACCCAGAGACUAGCAGACACACACACACAGCCUUACCUCACCCCCAUGCUCUCCAUGGAACUUUUAGUGGAAGGGAGAGCAAACAGGGGUGUCAUGGCCUCCUCCAGCCCCUUCGGUAAAAGAGGUUAGCCACCCUGGAAAAGCACUUUUAGGUUUUUACAUUUUACGGUUAUUUUUUUUUUUAUAUUCUUAUAUAUAUUUUUUUUAACCACAAGGAACGCCCUGCUUCAUGAAAUUAGUGCUCCUGCACCUCUUGGGCUGGCUUUGAUAUGGGCUAAGACAACAGGACCAUCAAGGUGCCCGUAAUCCUGUGCCGUAACUGUAUAAGAUGGCAGUUACACAUAUGGAAGUUCAUUAAAGUGAAAUAGUUUGUAUAGGUUUGCCACUCAGUUAAAUAUACUAUUAGGAAGGGUUGUACGGUUUUUAGAGUUGAGUGAAGAAAACAAAGCUCUUCUUCUGCUAAGUUCCUAGCUAACUUUGUUUCCCCCUCUCUCCCCCAAACAUCUUUUAUUGGGGGGGUUGUUUCAGUAUACUCAGAAGGGAUGCAAGUGUGAGGAACGGAAUGGACAUUACUUGCAAAGUAUGCACAGCUGAAGAAUUCCCAGUGUCUAGCUGACUUCUGCAUAUGCAUUUGGUAUAUACCCUGUUGCAAAAAAACUAUUGCUUCUGUUCCUUGCUUUAGCACUAUUCAGAAACCAUUACUUACAGAUCUGUUGUUUACAGUGUUAUUGGUUUUCUUUUCUACCUCUCCACUCCAUGUGAUGAGUGGGGAGCUUAAAAGCCUAGUCCAAGCUGUUUACAAAGAUACCAUUCCUUAAAUACAUUACUGAUAAUUAGGGCACUGACACCCGAAAGGAGCAAGCCUGUUGAUUUGGGGGUUAGGUAACUAUUACCCAUCUUACAUUAUAUAAACGCACACCACAGGUUACUAGUAUGCCAUGGUUAUGCCUGUAGACAUGUUUGGAGAGGCAACUCUGGUAGAGUGCAAGCAUGUGUGGCAGAGAAGAGGGAAAACAGUUUUUGUACAUUACAGGUUUCCCUAGUGCCAGCUCUGCCUUUAUUCCUUUUCUUCCCGAUGGAACAUCGGCGUGCUGAUGAACCAUCUGAGAUGGAGAGGGUAACAAUACCCCUUGCACAAACUGUCACUUUCCCUAAGGAAUCGAUUGUUUUCUGUUCCAUGCUGCUAAGAAUAAAUUGAAAUGAUUGAA